AUGUCCCCUCACAUCAGCGCCAACUCGGCGGCCUCUGUGAGUGGAUUUCCAGAGGAAGACUUGAGGGAAGCCGGUCGCAACAGCAGUGGCUACUUCGCCGCAAGGCUGGGCCAGACGUUAGAACGAGGUCGCUACUGUAUCAUGCGCAAGCUGGGGUGGGGUCAAUACUCCAGCGUAUGGCUUGCGAGAGACUUCACCGAAAACCGAUUUGUCGCGCUCAAGAUAUUGACCAGCAAAGCCACGGAAGCCUUGUCGGAGAGUGCUGACCAGCAGUCAGACGAGCAACGCAUGCUGAAGAAGGUCGCAGACGCCGACCCGGCCCACAGAGGCUACCGCCACCAUCUCGCCUACAUCGAUGCCUUCGACCUUAAAGGACCCCACGGACUACACCAUUGUCUAGUCACGGAGGUUCUUGGGUUCGGCAUGGACUUCCUUAGGAAGUUACGUGACAAAGGUGAUACCCGCAUCGCACCCAGUAUCGUCAAGCACGUCGUACGCCAAGUUCUCCUCGGUCUGGAGUAUCUCCACGAGGAAUGUGGUAUAGUCCAUACAGACCUCAAACAUGACAAUAUCCUCUUCCGCCCACGCGAUCUUCACACCAUCAUCUCGCACGAACUCUCCAUAAACCCGUCUAUCACGUACGAUUGUGGGACAGAGCUCAACCCAUCCGUCAUACCGGUCGUCUCGCAAAGCCUCCCGUUAUCCAUAGGCGCUCCAAUUCAUGAACACGAUCUUGAUGUCGUGCUCGCCGAUCUCGGUCAUUGUGCGUUGCUUGUUGUUCCCCUCGGGAAUGCGAUUCUGAGAGAAAGUUUGAAUGCAGCGCACUGGAUAUCCCAUCAUUUCCAAGAGCAAAUCCAGCCGUUUGCCCUUCGCGCUCCCGAAGUCCUUCUCGGAUACCCUUGGAGCACUCCUGUGGAUAUAUGGUCCUUAGGCUGCCUCAUUAAUGAGUGGCUCACCGGUGGCUGGCUCUUCGAGCCCACUCCGGAACCGAUGUGGAGCUUCGAGGAAGACCAUCUCGCUCGGAUGACCGAGGCAGUUGACGCACACUUCGAACCGUCUUUCCUGGCGAACUGUAAGCGUCGAGAUGAGUACUUCAACCAAGAAGUGCAUAACUCGGUACUACCUUCAGGAGCGUUCGCGCAUUUUACGGAACACAAGGAGCCUACUUGGCCCUUGCGCAGGAUGUUGGAGACGUACUCUGAGCUCGGUAAUGACUCGGAGAUCGAGGCGACUGAACGAUUCAUGAAACGCUGUCUGCAACUCUCACCGGAGCGAAGGGCUACGGCAAGGGAGCUCAUUGACGACCCAUGGCUAGCAGUUUGA